AGUGGAGGCACGAACUACAAACCGAUGCCAGGCGGCAGACUGGACUGUGCCGUCAGUGGACGCUUGCGUGCUGUCAAGUGGCACAACUGCAGCCGAGGAGGGGGGUGGCAGAGAAGAAGAUGAGCUAGUGGAAGCAAAGAGGCAAGCAGCGGUGGUAGCAGUGGCAGUCAGAGAGGUGUGUGUCCAGCAGCUUUGGAUCGGGGCCUGCCUCAAAUCGCCGGCCACCUUACCGAAAUAUUUUUGCCUCGUCGACAAUUCCUGGAGCAUUGGGAACCUGACAGAGUGAUAGAUGAUCCUGGUUCCUUGCGAGAGCCGGGAAGAGCGUCUCCCUCUUCAGAAACCAAAAACCAGAGACUUUAAACAACGGGGGAAAGAGUUGAGAUUUGCAAGCUUAGGCGGCUUGGUGCCUAAAUGUUUGCUAACAUCUUCCCGAGCACAUGUAUGAUGGGGUGUGCGAUGGUGCAUUCCGGGAAACGUUUGGAAUCCUCUACAAGGAAGCACUUGAUUUGACAGGCUUCAAAAGAGGACUUUCUGGAACGGGCUGCGCCAGAGAAGAGAGCACUUUACCAAUUGCAGAAAGUGUCUUUUGAAAAGGAGCCUAGUUCCCUUGGAGCAGCCAUCAGAGCCAGAUCCUCAGUGAGCGGCCUGCUCCUGUCUCGUUGCGUUCUUCACUUAACGGGGUGUGAUAAAGGAGGAGACAGACUUCCAAGGUUGAAGUGUCUUCCUGCAUAUGACUAAUCCAGGAGACCCUGUCAAAGUUAUGGAGACCUCAGCUAUGACCUCCGGCCCUGUGGUUUGCCCAGUCACCUUUUCACAAGUCUUUGGGCAUCAGUGCCAACUUCUGGAGGCAGCUGUGCAGUCACUACACACCUUGAACGACCAGAUCUCAGACUUCAUCAUGAACAAGGCCAAAGCGCUCAGUGAAGAUGACAACACCUUCCUGCCCAAUGAGAAAGACACACUGAAGAACUCCAUGGCGCUCAUGAGACACCUCUUAAUGGAUGCGCAGCAUUUGGAGCUAUCUCUCAGAGUCUGGGGACAGUAG